CGAACUCUCAGCGCGGGCGGUUGUCUAACAUCUGGGCACAGAACCUCCACUGUUUUCCUCACUUUUCCGCUCCCAUAUCGAAUUUGUUGAGCUUGCUGCGCGCCAAAAGUCCAAAAAGUGAAGAAAACGCACAGAGCGUACAAAGUUAAAGAAACCAAAAAUAAAUAUGUGAGUGCCGCGAGUGUGUGUGCAUUUAUUUUUAAGCAACGGCCCGAAGGCAAAUGUGAAGUGUAAGCGGCCAACAACAAAAAAAAAAGGAAACGAAAAGAAAAGAAAAGCGAGAAAUAUAAAUUAUAUCAAAACAAAAAUAGCUCCGCACCGGCGAAGGAUAGAGCGAGAAAGGGCGAGCGAAUUAGCACGCAACAUUUGACGAAAUGGGAGCGACACCGAAAACAGACUUUCUGGCCCACUGGCUGCUGUUUAUCCUUUUGGGCCUCGGCUUUAUUUCCCCGAAAGCGGAUGCCGUUGGUGCCUAUGGCGCCUCCUUCAUCUCCAACCCAUCGAUAUACGCCUAUAGUGUGGAGAAUCAGCAGGGGGAGAACGUCAAGUUCGAAGACCAGAAUGGCAUUCUGAAUUCCAAUUCGAAUCUGAAUCGUAAUUACUACUUCACCGAUGAUCCCAGACCCAAUUCCAAUCCCAAUACGAAUUUGAAUGCCGAUCCAACCGCCUCGCUAAACACGCCCCCUGCCACCCAGCCCGCCCCCCAGACGGGCUGCACCCUGGACCGGCUGGCCGUCUACAAGGUCGUCCUCCACACCUACUGGACCCGCGAGCUCUUCCCAAAACACUAUCCCGACUGGCGACCCACUGCCCAGUGGACCAAGACAUUAGGUCGCACCCACAAUGCCAACUAUGCCCUGUACCACAUCGGACAGCCGGCGACGGCGGCUGUCAAACAGUUUGCGGAGUCGGGUCGAACCGAUCUGCUGGACAGCAGUGCCGGCGAGCAGCAGCAGCAGCAGAUGCAGAUGCAGACGGGCAAAUCCCCUCCAGGUGGUACAAGCUCCACCAACACCACAUCGCCAGCCACCAAUGGUGGGACCACCAGCACCACUACCAGCACCAGCACCGAACGCAGUGUGUUCGACGAGUUCAGCAUGCCGGCGAUUCCAUUGGGCGCCGGACGCAGCGAGGCGAAAGUGUUUGUCGACAGCAAUCACAGUCUGGUCUCGCUAAUGACACGCAUUGUUCCCUCGCCGGACUGGUUCAUCGGCGUCGACUCUUUCGAGCUCUGCGUGGGUGGCUCCUGGAUCGAUACGGUGACCGUUGAGCUGGAUCCUUUGGAUGCGGGCACGGAUAAUGGCUUCACCUUCACGGCGCCCAACUGGCCAACAGCACCUCAGGGCGUCAUCUAUCGGAUCACCUCCCGUUAUCCUGCCCAUCCUGCGGGUAGCUUUUAUUAUCCGAAGAGCAAGCGAUUGCCGCCCAUCGCCACGUUUCAGUUUAUCAAGCUGAAGGAGUAUGAGCUGAGCGAGGUGUUCAACAUUGCCGAGGACGAUCGUAAGUACGAGACGGUCCAGACCCAGACCCACCUUGAUGCGGAGCACAACCACGUGGAGAUGAACAACGAGCUGUCGGCCAGCAUCGAACGGGAGCGACAAACGGAGCAGCAACAGUUGCAGCAGUUCGACGACGACAGGCAGCGAAUCCGGUCCCAGCUGUUGGCCAAAAUGAAUCCCAUCUACAGCAGCAACAAUAGCCUGCAACCGUCACCUGGUCAGGUGGUCAGCGUGGUGCCGAAGAACGACAAGCAUGCGAUCCUGCAGAGUAUCGCCAGCAGCUAUCGGCGUGCCACAGAUGCUGGCAAUUCAAACGGCUCCAACCCAACGGCCCCGCAGUCACCACCGGCGGGUGGCAAGUUGGGUGUUGGGGGUGCCAUGGGUGGUGCGACCCGCAGGCGGAGCUCGGCACAGCGGCGUCGCGACUGCCGCGUGAGCCACUGGUCCGAGUGGACGGCCUGCAGCAAGAGCUGCGGCAUCGGCGAGAUGCACCGCUACCGCAAGGUCAUCAAGCACGGCAAAAGGGGCGGACGGCCCUGCCCGGCGCUCCAGCAAUCCAAGUGGUGCGGCACCGAGCGCAACUGUCACGGGUCACAGACCUAUUUUAAUUGGUCCGAUUCCGACACAUGAACGAGCCACGUCGCUGAGGGUUCUGGCGAUAUAAAUAUAAUUUUAAUUUAAGGCGUAAGAAUUGCUUUUUCUGUGUGAACAAGAAAGCCCAGCAAGGCCAUAAGAAGUGUGGAUCAUCCUGAAAUGAGAUUUUAAUUUAAAUUUAGAUUAUCAUACGAAAUUGAUUUUAAAGGAGCCGCAAUUGCAGCGACAUCAAUGGAAAGUGAAAUAAAUUAGAUGCGACGAUGGGGAAGACUACUGACAAUAUUUAAAACACAAGAAGAUUAGACAGAGGACAAAAUGGAUUGGAUUCGAACGAUUUUAUGUUUAUGCGUUGCCAUUGGUUUAUAUUUAUUCUUUUGUUGCUUUAGCUCUAAAUAAUAUGUAAAAAAUCAUCAUAAAAUAUUACCAAAGGAAAAAAAAACAGCAUUGAACAGUAGACGUACAAAGUUUAGAAAGCAAAUCAAAGUAAACAAGAAGCGUGAACAUUUGCAUACCCAAACAAGGAAAAAUGGAAACAAAACCAAAUGAAAAACCAAACACAACACACUUGAACCUAUAAGCGUGGAGCCAAAGUGUGUUGUUCAGCAACUAAGCUAAUAUUAGAUGUAAAUUAAGCUAACUAAUAACUUUAAAUGGAUUGAAAUAAAAGUCAACCCCAAAAAGAAAA